AUGAAUUCAAAUAUCCACUCUAGAGGAUUUUAUUCUUAUUAUAAUCAGAAUGAAUACCAAGAAGAAGAGCAGCAAGAGGAAGCGGCAUAUGCCAAUUCCUCUCCUCCUUCUCUGCUGCUUAAUGAACCCUCGCAGCGCUUCUUAGAAGGGCGUCGCAGAGGGCAGCGGCAUGCAAGGAGGCAGCCUCAUGCUGCUUCUACUUCUGCUGCUGAUGCGGCUGCUGUUUCUGCUGCUGAUGCUGCUUUCUACCAGCCUUGGGGGACCCAGUACCUCGAUGCCUCUCUCCUGGCGGACGAGGUAUGCGCCGCCCCUGCUGCAGAUACGACAGGGUAUACUGCACCAGGAGUAACAGAUAUUACUGCAGCAGCAGCAGAAUAUAGUAGUGCUGCUGCUGCUGCUGCUGCUUCAGCAGCAGCAGAUAUGUCAUGGGAAGAUACAAACUAUGAGAGGUUUUUUUCUUUUCCCUCUUCUUCUCCUCCUCCUCCUUAUGCUGCUGCACCUGUAGAUACACUGCAGUGGGUAGGGAGUGUAGAGAGACUGCAGCAUUUAUACCCCUCUGGAGCAGCACAAAGACCAGCAGCAGCAGCUGCUGCAGCUGCAGCAGCAGCAGGAAGAGGAUUAGCAGAGCAGCAAGAAGAGGAAGAAGAAAUAAGAUCUUUAUCCUUAUCUUUAUCUUUAUUUCCUCCUUUGUCUUGUAUAGAUACAUUAAGGGCAGUAGGAAGGUUUGCUGCUGAUGAGGAUGCAGCAGCAAAUGCUGCUGCUGCUGCAGAAGCAGCAGCAGCAGCAGCACAAGACGGAAACGAUCCUCUUGGUCUAGAAGGUAAGAAAAGAUAA